AUGGAAUCCGACAUGGAAAAUGGCGCCGACACAAAGUCGACAAAGUCUCAAUCCUGGCUGGCCAGGUUGCAGCAAGACGUCACCCUCACCCAUGCUGACAUUCCAAUCCUGGCAUGCUGCUCCGUGUCGGGAAUCUGCGACAGCGUUGCGUUUUCCGGCGCCAACGUCUUUGUGUCCAUGCAAACGGGCAACACGCUCUUCCUAGCCCUCGGCACCGCCGGCAUCCCAGCCGAUGAGCCCAAGCUGUGGAUCAAAUGCCUGGCGUCCAUGGCCUCCUUCUGGCUCGGGUGCUUCGUCUUCUCGCGCAUCUCCCGCCUCCUCGGCCCGCUGCGCAAGUCCAGCCUGGCCCUGCUCUUCCUCAUGCAGGGUUCGCUGAUCUGCGUCGCCGCCGCGCUAGCCCAGACCAACACGGCUCCGACCUUUGGGCAGACGUUUGUCGGCACGGACCGCGCCACCUCGAUCCACGGCCUCGAGGACGACAUGUUUGUCUGCCUGCCCAUUGCGCUGCUCGCGUUCCAGUUCGGCGGCCAGAUCGUCGUGAGCCGUGCGCUGGGGUUCAACGAGGUGCCGACCACGGUGCUGACGUCGGUUUAUUGUGACUUGUUCUCGGACCCCAAGAUCUUGGCCCCGCUUGGGGAGAAUGUCAAGCGGAAUAGGAGGGCGGCGGCGGUUGUGCUGUUUAUCUGUGGUGGUAUCGUGGGCGGUCAUCUGCAGCGUUCGGCAGGAGGUAUGAGCGCGGCUCUGUGGCUGGGGUGCGGUAUCAAGUUGGUGAUUGGGCUGGCUUGGUUGUUGUGGAAGGGGAAGGAGGUCAGCAACGAGAAGAAGUGA